ACUUAUCUAUCACGCUUCUCGCACUGUUUCCUCUUUCGUCUCUUCUCUCUCUGAGAAGACACAGAGAUGAAAUGAAAGAGAAUGGUAGCACUUGUCCUCUCCUCAACCCAAAUUCCCACACCCUAGAAUAGUCGAAUCCACGUUCUUAUGCAAAUCCAUAAAUACCCCUCACUCUCUCUCUCUCUUUCUUAGAUCUUCGCAAAUGAAAUAAAACCCAAAAGUCGAAGAAAGAGAAACACACACACACAGAGCACAAACCCAAACGAAACCAUUUCUCUCUCAAUUUUCUCUCCGAUUCUCAGCUUCCAAUCAGAUUCCAUUCCCUCUUUUCUUCCUUCCUUCACGCCGAAGUUCCAAUCGCAGCUUACUGUACUAUAUGCUUCCUAGAAAGAGACCUUGCGAAGGAGUCGUUGUAGAAGAAGACACUGACAACAGAAAUUUUGCCAAGAAUAAUCGGAUCGCCGCCUCCUGUACAGCCGGUUCUACGUUGAACAAGAACAGCAACCGGAGCUUCAGUAGCAGUAACGACAACAACAACAGCAGCAGCAGCGGGAAUCCACUUGAAGGAGCGUCAAUCAUGGCUUUGGGUGAAUCCAACCCACCGGACAUCGAUGAGGAUUUGCACAGCCGUCAGCUUGCCGUGUAUGGUCGAGAGACCAUGCGGAGGCUCUUCGGGUCUAGCAUUCUUGUUUCGGGGAUGCAGGGUCUUGGUGUCGAGAUUGCAAAGAAUCUUAUUCUUGCUGGUGUCAAAUCUGUGACCUUGCAUGAUGAGGGGACUGUAGAGCUAUGGGAUCUGUCCAGUAAUUUUGUGUUUUCAGAGAAUGAUGUUGGCAAAAACAGGGCAGUGGCUUCUGUUAGUAAGUUGCAGGAGCUCAACAAUGCGGUUGUUGUACAAAGCUUGACAACUGCGUUGACAAAAGAGCAGAUUUCUAAUUUCCAAGCUGUUGUUUUCACUGAUAUCAGUCUUAAGAAAGCCAUUGAGUUCAAUGAUUACUGCCACAGUCAUCAGCCUCCUAUUGCUUUUAUUAAGGCUGAAGUUAGAGGCCUUUUUGGUUCUGUGUUCUGUGAUUUCGGGCCUGAGUUCACUGUUUCUGAUGUUGAUGGAAAUGAACCACAUACCGGCAUAAUUGCAUCCAUCAGCAAUGACAAUCCGGCUCUAGUAUCCUGUGUUGAUGAUGAGAGGCUUGAGUUUGAGGAUGGAGAUUUUGUUGUAUUCUCUGAAGUUCAUGGCAUGAAAGAAUUGAAUGAUGGGAAGCCAAGGAAGAUUAAAAAUGCUAGAGCGUAUUCUUUUACUCUUGAAGAAGACACCACAAAUUAUGGUAUCUAUGAGAAAGGUGGUAUUGUCACACAGGUCAAACAACCAAAGGUAUUGAAUUUUAAGCCACUCAGGGAAGCACUCAGUGAACCAGGUGAUUUUCUUCUGAGUGAUUUUUCUAAGUUUGAUCGUCCACCUCUCCUUCACUUAGCAUUCCAGGCUCUGGAUAAGUUCAUUUCUGAGUUAGGUCGCUUCCCUGUUGCUGGUCUGGAGGAUGAUGCACAGAAGCUUAUAUCUAUUGCUAGCAACCUUAAUGACAGCUUAGGUGAUGAGAAAUUAGAAGAUAUAAAUCCAAAACUUUUACGACACUUUUCUUUUGGUGCUAGGGCAGUACUGAACCCUAUGGCUGCCAUGUUUGGUGGAAUUGUUGGACAAGAGGUUGUCAAAGCAUGCUCUGGGAAGUUUCAUCCACUUUUUCAGUUUUUCUACUUUGACUCUGUGGAAUCACUUCCUCCAGAACCACUGGACCCUGAGGAUUUUAGACCAGUAAAUAGUCGUUAUGAUGCACAGGUUUCAGUGUUUGGACGGAAGUUACAGAAGAAGUUAGAGGAUUCUCAAGUGUUUGUUGUUGGAUCUGGGGCUUUGGGAUGUGAAUUUCUAAAAAAUCUUGCUCUCAUGGGAGUUUCUUGUGGGAGUCAGGGGAAGUUGACAAUUACUGAUGAUGAUAUUAUAGAGAAGAGUAACCUAAGCAGGCAGUUCCUCUUCCGUGAUUGGAAUAUUGGACAGGCUAAGUCCACAGUUGCUGCUUCAGCUGCUGCAUCUAUAAAUCCUGGCUUUAAUAUUGAAGCUCUGCAAAAUCGUGUUGGCACUGAAACUGAAAAUGUUUUUGAUGAUACCUUUUGGGAAAACUUAAGUGUUGUGAUAAAUGCGUUAGACAAUGUGAAUGCGAGACUAUAUGUUGAUCAGAGAUGUUUGUAUUUUCAAAAGCCUCUUCUUGAGUCUGGAACUCUUGGAGCCAAGUGCAAUACCCAGAUGGUCAUUCCCCACCUGACAGAAAACUAUGGUGCAUCAAGAGAUCCACCUGAGAAACAGGCACCAAUGUGUACAGUACACUCAUUUCCGCACAACAUUGACCACUGCCUGACAUGGGCACGAUCAGAGUUUGAGGGUUUGCUUGAGAAAACUCCGGCUGAAGUAAAUGCAUAUUUGUCUAACCCAAGUGAAUAUACUAAUGCAAUGAGGAAUGCUGGUGAUGCUCAAGCAAGGGAUAACUUGGAGCGCGUCCUUGAGUGCUUGGAUGGGGAAAAGUGUGAAACUUUUGAAGAUUGUAUUACUUGGGCUCGGCUAAAGUUUGAAGAUUAUUUUGCUAACCGGGUGAAGCAGUUGAUCUAUACUUUUCCUGAAGAUGCUGCAACCAGUACUGGAACCCCUUUCUGGUCUGCACCGAAAAGAUUCCCUCAUCCACUGCAGUUCUCAGCGUCUGAUCUUGGACAUCUACAUUUUGUGACGGCAGCUUCUAUUUUACGAGCAGAAACAUUUGGUAUCCCCAUCCCUGACUGGGGGAAGAACCCUAGGAAGAUGGCUGAAGCAGUUGAUAGGGUGAUAGUACCCGACUUUCAGCCUAAGAAAGAUGUAAAAAUAGUGACAGAUGAGAAAGCCACCAGUCUCUCAACAGCUUCUAUAGAUGAUGCUGCUGUUAUUAAUGAUCUUAUAAUCAAUUUGGAGAGGUGCCGGACCAAUCUGCCACCGAUGUUCAGGAUGAAACCAAUUCAGUUUGAGAAGGAUGAUGAUACAAACUACCAUAUGGAUGUGAUUGCUGGUCUUGCCAAUAUGAGGGCACGGAAUUACAGCAUUCCUGAGGUUGACAAGCUUAAAGCCAAGUUUAUUGCGGGAAGGAUCAUUCCUGCAAUUGCAACCACAACUGCCAUGGCCACUGGUCUUGUCUGCCUGGAGCUCUACAAAGUUUUGGAUGGGGCCCACAAACUUGAAGACUAUAGAAACACAUUUGCUAACUUAGCACUGCCUCUGUUUUCAAUGGCGGAGCCAGUUCCGCCGAAGGUUAUCAAGCAUCAAGAUUUGAGUUGGACAGUUUGGGACAGAUGGAUUGUUGGAGACAAUCCUACCCUCAGGGAACUUCUUGAGUGGCUGAAGGCAAAAGGCUUGAAUGCUUAUAGUAUUUCAUGUGGAAGUUGCUUGCUCUAUAAUAGCAUGUUCCCUAGGCAUAAAGAUCGAAUGGACAAAAAAGUAGUAGAUCUGGCAAGGGAAGUAGCCAAGAUGGACAUUCCUACGUACCGUCGUCACUUGGACGUUGUUGUGGCAUGUGAGGAUGAUGAUGAUAAUGAUAUUGACAUUCCUCAAGUAUCCAUUUAUUUCCGUUAGGUUUGUUGCUUUCAUCUUCUCAAGUGUUUGAAACUUGGGUAAAAAGACAGCAUGUUUGACCCUAAUCCUCCGAGUUCAUAAUGGGUAUACAAAGGCAACAUUAUUGACUAUGUCGCAUUUUAUAUGUGAAUUGAAAAGCAGCUUUAAUUCCUUGUAUGUUGUUAUCUUUACUUGCCUUA